AAAUGGAGGUGCCCCCGGCCUGGGUUUCAGGGUUUUGCUAUGUAAUUGCGUGUUUUGGAGCUGGAGACGAGGAGGGAAAGCAAGUAGGCUGCGCGUCUUUUUGCUUUUGGAAGGGAUGGAUUUGCAGAAGCAAGAAGAGGAGGAAGACGAGGAUAGCCAGAGAACUGAUCUUCGGAUGGGCGGUGGCGGGCGAGGAGCCGCGAUGCCGGUUCACCACCGGCUGAUCGUUCCCAAGCCGGAGCCGAUGGAGUUCAUUGGGGCGGGGCCGCUACCGUUUCUUAAGCGGCGGCCGGCCGGGCGGAGCAAGGACCGGCAUACCAAGGUGGAGGGCCGCGGGCGGAGGAUCCGCAUGCCGGCCGCUUGCGCUGCGAGGAUCUUUCAACUCACCCGCGAGCUCGGGCACAAGUCGGACGGCGAGACCAUCCGGUGGCUCCUCCAGCACGCCGAGCCCGCCAUCAUCGCCGCCACCGGGACCGGCACCGUACCCGCCAUCGCCACCACCGUCGACGGCACCCUCAAAAUCCCCACCGACGUCUCCUCCUUCUCCGGCUAUACCACCUCCGCCGGAGGUGAAGAGUCCGCCAGGAAAAAGUUACAACCCACGCGGGCAACCGCUGUUGCUGCCAACGGUGGCGGUGUCGCAGCAGUACCGUACUGCUGUCCGGUCGCAGUAACAGACCCGCUACUCCAAGGCGGCGGCGCCAUUUCCAUCUCGACGGGGCUGGCUCCCAUCGCGUCGGUGGGGGCGGCGCCGGCUGGGCUGGUACCGAUGUGGGCGGUGGGGAACACCGUCGGCGGGAGGGUAAUACCUCCCGGAGCUCUCUGGAUGCUACCGCCCUCGUCGGCGAUCGCGGCAGGGCCGUCGACACAGCAGCCGCAGAUAUGGACGUUCCCGACGCCGCCGCAGAUCAUCAACCUCGCAGGUACCGGGCCAGUUCCCGCCGUGUUCCCCGGCAGCGUCCCGGGGUUGAAUCUUGUGGAUGCCCAGCCGCCGCCGGCGGACGGCUCGGCCGCCGUCGGUGGCAAGCGGGGCGGGGACGGGGCCUCGGCCGCCGGGGGGGCGGGGAAGACGCAAGAGUUACAACUGAUGGGAGAGUCGGUGGCGAGCCAGCACGGCCAAGAAGCUGAAGAACAACGGCAGGAGCCGGAGGAAGAAGAAGAGGACGAGGAGCCGCUAUCGGAAUCUAGCCCGGAAGAUUAGGUUUUUCUCUUUCCUUGUUCUUUGUUUCUAUUCUUGGCAAAAAAAAAAAANNAAAAAAACGUUAGUAUUUAGUUCGGUAGAGUGGCGAUGGCCCAUGGACGAUUUUUUUCCCACUUGUAAUCCUAAGCAAUGGUCAAAGUGGGACGCACGAGCGCACGUGAGUAUAUAUCAUCCUAUAUCAUCCUUUUGCUGCCUUUCUAGAGCUCCUGUUUGGGUUUCCGGAUGGUGGUCCCCACUGGCGGAGCCACCAACUAUCCAUCACGUGAUUGGGUUGGCAACGGGACCCAAGGAAGGGUAGGUGGCAACCGAGCAGUGAACCCCAUCCUGAGGGUGUACGCGUCCUGUGAGAGCCGCAAGUGUUUUGGUGGGUGGGUGGGGACCGAGUCGACACGUGGACCGGGGUAGACGUGGGGACACCGAAUAUUCGCUUGGUGGAUUCCGUCUGCUGGUGGGGCUUCUCGGGAUGAGAAGCUUGGGAUGGUGCAUAUUAUUAUGAUGUAUUAAAUGCUAACUUUUUUUACUCUAGGAAUUAAUGUUUUAAUUAAUUCUCUCA